AGAGAGAGAGAGAGAGAGAGAGAGAGAGAGAGAGAGAGAGAGAGAGAGAGAGAGAGAGAGAGAGAGAGAGAAUAAAACAUAUAAUUCCAUCAAAAACACACAUACAGAGACGUGUUCAUUUUUCCACAGAGAGAGGGCAUGCAGUCUGUACAUACCAUUACUGGACCCAAAUCAAGGAGUCCAUAACAUAUAGCAUACCAGCUUUCUUUCAACAGAAUAAAUUGCCUUCAUUAACCAUGUCUAAUAUGGAGAAGAAAACAGUGUUGUCAGUGGAUCUACGUUGUUUAAAGUGCAGGAAGAAGGUCAUGAUGUCGAUUUCAUCUAUAGAAGGAAUAAACUCAAUAGCUCUUGACCCUUCAAAAAACACAGCAACGAUAAUUGGCGAGGCUGAUCCUAUAUCCAUCAUCAGAAAGGUGCGAAAGUUUAAAAGAUUAGCACACCUAAUAAGCGUGGGACCUGCAAAGGAAGAAAAGAAGGAGGAGAAAAAAGAUGAGAAGAAAGACGAGAAGAAGGAUGGAAAGAAAGACCAGAAGAAAGAUGUUUCAGCGCAUGCUGAUGUGCUUCCUUUAACCCCAAGAACAUGCCACAGAUGCGAUGUCUGGUACGUGGUUAAUCAAGAUUACGUUCGUCCUUGUGAAAUAUUGUAACCACUACUCCAGUAUCUUCAGUAAAACAGUUCGCCUGUUGAUGCUCGUAACGUAAUAACAAUAUAUCAUUUGUGGAUAUGUUUGAGAAUGGGAUUGGCAGCUCUUGAUCUUUUUGGGCC